GCCUUGCGGAGGACAUCGGUCGUUUGCAGGGCAGAACGUGCAUCAGCGAUUUCAUGUACAGGGAAACAACGGUCACCUCCCAAGGUUCCACACUCCGUUCUUGCUUUAACUGCCCAUGUGUAGAGGGCAGUCUCAGAUGCGCACAGGUGGACUGCAGCAGGG